AUGGAUGGUGUAUCGGCUGCGGCAAAUAUCCUUGCAGUGUUAGAUCUUACGGCCAAAGUAGCUUCCCUCCUGUUCCAGUUCUCCAAGCAAGUGAAAGUUGCAAAGUCAGAUAUCGAGCGCUUGAAUAGGGAACUGGAACGAUUGAAUAUUACUCUCAAAGGCGGUCGAGAGUUAUUGGAAAGUCCAAAUGGCGCAAAACUUCAAACCUCCCAGGGCUUGCUUGCUAGUCUUCAUGACUGCUCUUUGACAUUGUCAGAAGUUGAAGCAAAGCUGAGCAGAAAGCUCAAUGCUGGGAGUUCUCGUAUGAUGAGUCGAUUUGGUCUUCGUGCGUUGACAUGGCCUUUUGAAAGUAAAGAUGUGAACAUAAUUGCCAGAAAUUUGGAGAGGUAUCGCGACGCGCUAUCAGCAUCACUUACCAUUGAUCAAACUGCACAGGUGCUUAAUAUGGCUCAAACUGCUAGUCUUUCACAACUUCCCACGGUGACUGGAGCAGCAUUUGAUUCUCACGCCGAUGAGCAUGAUCCUCGAUGUCACCCCGACACGCGAGUGGCUCUUCGCCAGCAGAUUGUUGAAUGGGUAGAAGGACUCGAGAGCGAAUGUAUCUUCUGGCUGAACGGGAUGGCUGGUACAGGGAAGUCAACAGUAUCACGGACGAUCGCACAGACCUUUUCAGACAAAGGUAUACUUGGUGCCAGCUUUUUCUUCAAAAGAGGCGAGCGUGAUCGUGGCAAUGCAAGUCAACUAUUUACAACGGUGGCUUCCCAGCUUGCCAUCAAGGUACCAGCCUUAGCGACCGAUAUCAGCAAUGCCGUUGAUAGCGACCCAAUGAUUGUUAGCAAAACACUCCGCGAGCAGUUUGAGCAGCUUAUAUUGAAGCCUUUGGAGAACAUGCAGCCAAGCAAGACAAAAACGGUUGUACUUGUGAUUGAUGCGCUUGAUGAAUGUGAUCGAGACGACGACAUCAGGGUUAUCAUUUAUUUAAUAUCUCUCGGGAGACGCUUAGAGUCAGUGCGACUUCGGGCUUUCCUGACAAGCAGACCCGAGUUACCUGUUCGACUCGGCUUCAAGUCAAUACAAGGCAGAUACCAGGAUCUGGUUCUUCAUGAUAUCCCUAAGCCGAUCAUAAGUCAUGAUAUUGCCGCGUUCUUGGAGUACGAGCUCACAAGAAUCAAAGAGGAUUACAAUAACAUAACUCCCACCGAACUCCAACUCUCAAAAGGCUGGCCUGGAAGCGAAAACCUGGAUGCGCUUGUUCAAAUGGCCGUCCCUCUAUUCAUCUUUGCGGCUACAGUCUGCCGUUUCAUCGGGGAUCAGGCCUGGUCUGAUCCCGCCGGACAACUCGCAAAGAUCCUGGAAUAUCAAACGAGGUCCCCGGAAUCCGAGAUGGACAAGCUUGAUGCAACCUAUCGACCUAUACUUGAUCAGUUGAUUGCGGGAUCAGAGUCAGCCCGAAGAUCUCUUGUGGAAGAAUUCAAAGUUGUCGUUGGUGCUAUCGUUCUUCUCGCCGAACCACUAUCCGUGUCCUCUUUGUCCGACCUGAUAGACCUCCCCAAGCCAGUUAUCAGUCGUAGGCUGGUGUCUCUUCAUUCUGUCCUCGCGGUUCCUGAGUCGAUCGAUACUCCUGUCAGAUUGCUCCACCUCUCGUUUCGGGACUUUCUAGUUGAUUCUGCCAAGCGAGACGGCAACCCUUUUUGGAUCGACGAGGAAGCAACUCACAAAAGAAUUGCGAUGAGAUGCCUUCGUCUUCUAUCCUCUAGUGAUUACUUGAAGGAAGACAUUUGUGGCCUCGAGAUCCCGGGAGCAGCGCGUGUAGAUGUCCCAAUCAUUGCAAUUCAUUCUGCACUGCCCGCCCACGUUCGAUAUGCGUGCCUAUAUUGGGUAUACCAUCUAGAGCAGAGCAGGACAAGUAUCCCAGAUGAUCAUGAGGCUGUUGUCUUCCUUCAGAAGCAUUUACUCCAUUGGCUUGAAGCACUAAGCCUGUUGGGAAAUAUUUCUGAGGCUAUCUCCAUGUUAAGAAGCUUGCAAAAGCUUGUGCAAGCAGGUAAUGCCAAUGCAAGCGCCUUCUUGCACGAUGCAGUCCGGUUUGUCCUGAACUGUCGGUCAAUUGUGGAUCAAGCCCCGCUGCAAGUUUAUUUAUCUGCACUGGUCUUUGCUCCCACCAAAUGCAUUGUCAGAGAAAUGUUCAGUCAAUGUAUUCCUCGCUGGCUCCGUCAGACUCCAAAGCUUGAAAAGAACUGGAGUGCUUGUCUGCAGGUACUAGAGGGUCAUCAGGGGCAGGUUACGAUAGUCAUUUUCUCACCAGAUGGAAGUACGGUAGCAUCCGCUUCGCAUGACAAGACCGUUCGUCUCUGGGAUACAGAAACAGGCGAGGAAAAACAGGUGCUCAUAGGCCAUGAUGGGGUACUCACGGGAAUCGCGUUCACCAGCGACGGAAAAACACUUGUGUCAGCCGCUCAAGACAAGACAAUCCGAAUUUGGGAUAUUAUCACAGGCGAGAGAUGCGAGAUAAUCGAUCAUGGAAACACAGUCCUUGAGGCUACCUUUGCUCCGAACAUGGAUGCAGUCGCACUUCGAUCACCUCGCAACAGAACCGACUGUUUUACCUUCCCAGACUGCCAUAGUUUCUUGACCAGAUACGGCGAGAACGUCAAAAACGUCAAAAAGCUCAUAUUUUCGCCGGAUGGUGAGACGGUCGCAACUACACGAGCCAAGACACACGGGGCUACAAUUUAUGACCGUCGAACCGGGGCUAUCGUACGGCAGAUAGAUGGCACAACGGGCAUAGUCAGGUCAAUCGCGUAUUUCCCCAACAGCAAGCAGUUUGCAACGGCCACGCAGGCCGACGGAAUCCAAGUCUGGGACAUUGCCACCGGCGAGAUGAAGCAAAAAGUGGGCGGUCCUGACUUGUCCAUUCGAAGAUUGAUGGUGUCGUCGGAUAGCAAGGUCAUGGUAUUGAAGACAUAUGAUGGAAAAGUUCGACUCUGGAAUCUAGCAACAGAGCAAGAGGUUCAGAGUUUCGGUCGCGACGAUCAUAUCGACAGUAUCGCUUUCUCACCUGAUAACAAGAUCAUAUCGACUUCCUCCAACUUCAAAAUACGACUCUGGGAUCCAAGAUCAAUCCAGGGAUACCCAGGUCAGAUGCUAUCAGAUGAGCUGAAGAUGACCUCUGAUGCCACAUCAAGCGCAAUGGAACAAGAAGAAUUCUCCAAGGAAACUCCAGCAGAUAGGAUUAGAUUCUCGCCCGUUCGCAGAAGAGUAGCUUCGACUGCGUGGGAUGGAAUCAUUCGGCUUUGGGACAUGGACACAGCGGAGGUUCUGCAAAAACUACAUCAUGAAAAUGGAGUCCGACAGCUGGCCUAUUCAAAGAAUGGAAACUUGGUAGCAUCUGUCACAGUUCACAGCGGCGGCGACGGUACAAUGACCUGGGAAGAAGGAACCACACUCUUUCUUUGGGAUGUCGAGAGAGAUCCACAAAUUCGCUGGACCAAAGAGAUUCCCGAUUUUUGCGACCUUCUCUUUUCACCAAAUGACCAAUAUAUUACAUAUAGUCAUGGUAAAGCAUUCCACGUUCUGGAUGUUAACGAUGGCAAAGAGCGAUGGGCUGGCUCUUGGGACAAGAGCGUUAGCCUUAUGAGCUUUUCUCCCACCGGCAAGCAGAUAAUAAUAUCCGAUGGGGCCAUAGUAUCGAUUUGGGAAUUUACAGAGGAUCAAAUGCGACAUUUGGAAGAUUUUCCUUUCUCGCAAGAGAAACUAAAUAUGCGCCCCCUCAAAAAUUGGAUGGAUGUCUGUAUCCUCUCCCCCAUCAAAGGAAUCGCCAUGUCCCCAGAUGGCAAGAUCAUUGCUCUGGCUGCCAAAGAGUCGAUAUGGCUGUAUCAUGUAGAGACGAAGCGCCGACAAAGGUUGGUCACCAGGCUGGAUGCGUUUAUAACGAGUCUGCGUUUCUCGUCUGACGGCCAGUUCCUGGAGACCAAUCGUGGGACUGUAAGUCUUCGACCCGAGUCUGAUGAAUCUGGAAAUCUGCAGUCAGACAAUGAAUGGGGUGGCGGAUUUGUAUUUCUCAGCCCGGAGUGGUUGACGUCCGACGGAAGAAAAUUGCUGUGGCUUCCUCCAGACUACCGGUCUUUUUGUGUGGCGUAUCAUGAUGGGACUUUUGCUAUUGGAACUGGUACUGGGAAGGUGAUAUUUCUCCGGGUCAAGUUCUGA